AUGGCAAUACCCUCCGAAAAUCAACGAAAUAUUAAGAGGCUGAACACCGGACAGGAAAGCAAUGCUGACAGGGAGGAACUGCAGUACGUGAUUAUUAAGGUUGCAAGAGAUGAAGAUAUCAGAAAUGCAGGUUGGCAAGAGCAGAACAUGUGUGUGGAGAAACAUGUGCCCUUCAAUGUCUUCAAGGAGAAGGUUGCUGCAGAACUUGGAAUUCCUGUUCAGUUUCAGCGUUUCUGGCGAUGGGCAUUUCGUCAUAACGGUGGGAGAGAUACUGGGAGAGGGCAAUGGUGCAAGACUGAACUUGUUUUUGGAAGUAGGAAUUAUGUUGGGAGUGUAAUGGUGAAGUCAAGUAGUAAGCCUGCAGAUGUUGUGGCCAGAUUAAAUGAGAUGGCUGGCUAUCCAUUGGAUGAAAAUAUCGAUCUGUACGAAGAAGUUAUGUAUGAACCAAAUUUGAUGAUUGAACUCAUUGACAAGGAACUGUCUUUCAGUUCUGGCCAGGUCUUGGCUGCAAAACUCGUCGAGCUGAAGACGGAGCUUGAUGGGUCUCGCUCCGAGGCCAUAGACUUGCGGAAUCAGAAUCAGAAGCUGGAAGAGGAACUAAAGGAGCUUAGAGCAAAGGUUAAUACGUAGAUACUUGGGGAUUUUAGGGUAGGUGGUUUGAUCGGUUUGCUUAAGGUGUUUUGAGCCAGUUGAUUUGUUUGGCAGUAAAGGGCUAGUAAUGGCCUGAUGGCUUAUUCUCAUAUCACUC